AUGGCGUGUCAAACGAACAGCGAAGCAGAGGACAGGCCGUUCGGCCCGCUGCCGCGCACCUCGUCGCCGUCGUCCAUCAUCGGCGCGGAUCAGCGCGGGCGGCCCGAGGCGCAGGGCCUGCCGCGGGUCGAGGACGGCAAGGUGCUGGACGCGGUGGUCGUGGGGGGCAGCUGCAACGGCAUCGCGAACGCGAUCCGGCUCGACGCGGCGGGGGCCGAGAUUGCCGUGUUCGACAUGGAGGCGCGCGCGGGCGGGAACUGGUCGACCAAGAGGUACGAGGGCGUCAUGCUGCACCACCCGGCCUUCAUGGUCCAGCUGCCGCUGUUCCCCGUGCCCGAGGGCGAGGGGUACCCGAACUACCUGACGGGGCAGGACCUGACGCGGUACUACUCGUCGGCGGUGGAGCGGCUGCGUCUGCCGUUCUUCGGCGGGGUCGAGGUCGUCGGCAACGCGUGGGACGAAGGGGCGGGGCUGUGGACGGUGACGGUCAAGGACGUCGCGACGGGGGCCGCGGCGCGGCUGCGGGCGAGGAACGUGGUGGUCUCGACGGGGCUCACGGUGACGGACCAGAACCCCCGGGUCACGGCGCUAGCGGGACGGGAGACGUUCGCGGGGCCGGUGCAGCACACGGCGGCGUAUCGCAACCCGGAGGCGUACCGGGGCCGGCGGGUGGUGGUGGUGGGGUCGGGGAACUCGGCGCACGACGUGGCGGCGACGCUGGCGCGGGACGGCGGGGUGGCGAGCGUGACGCUGCUGCAGCGCAGCCCGACGGUGCUGCUCGACUUCGACGCCGUGGGGCCGGCCUUUGCGCGGCGGUACGGCGGCCAGACGCCAGUCGACACGGCGGACUUCCUGGAGGGGGCGCUGCCGCUCGGGGUGGUGCGGGACGUGACGCGGGCGGGGUUCCGGGCGCUCAUCGCGGCGUCGGAGGAGCGGAACCGCGCGCUCGAGGGGGUCGGGUACAUGCUCGACCGGGAGCCGUGCCUGAUGACGCGGGUGUUCGAGGAGAAGGGGCGGGCGUUCUACGCCGACCAGCCCGGGACGUUCAAGCUCGUGCUCGACGGGCGGAUCAAGGUGGCGCGCGGGGAGGCGAGGGGGUUCGUGGAGCGGGGGCUCGUCGUCGUCGACCGGCAGACGGGGCGGGAGAGGGUCGUCGAGGCGGACGGGGUGGUGCUGGCGACGGGGUUCGAGGUCAUGGACAUGCCGCGGCGGUACAAGAACAAGGGCUUCGUGGACGCGGACACGGCCGACAGGCUGGUCAACGUCAACGAGAACGGGGUGGACGCCGAGGGCGAGCAGCCAGGGCUGACGACGUUUUCUGGACUUCUAUUCCGAAAGAGAAAAAAGAACGCACACUCGUGUAUCGUCAUCGGAUUUGCCCAGAAAAAAACCAUGGCCUCAACACUCCCGCCCAGGGUCGAGCGCACGACCAUCGCGGGGUCGAUCGAGAUACCCCGCAUGCUCCACGGCCUCUGGCAGCUCGCCGGCGGACACGAUCGGGACGUCGACGUCGCAGCCGCCGCGGAGGCGAUGGGCCCGCUAAUCGACGUCGGCCUCGACGGCUUCGACAUGGCGGACCACUACGGCCCCGCAGAGCUCGUCGUCGGGCGGCACAACCUCACGUCCUCGCGGCGGCCCAUCACGGCCUUCACCAAGUGGUGCCCGCCCGAGAGCGGCGACAGGUCCUUCGCAACGGCGGAGGCGGCCGUGGACCUCGCCCUGCGGAGGAUGGCGCAGGAACGGGUCGCCCUCAUGCAGUACCACAUCUGGGACUACAGUGACGACACGUACCUCUGCAACCUUGCGCACCUGGGCGCCCUCCAGCGGCAGGGCAAAAUCUCGCACGUGGGCGUGACCAACGUGGACGCGGCGCACCUGGAGCUGCUGCUGGACUCGGGCUACGCCAUCGCGACGAACCAGGUGUCGUGCUCCGUGGUCGACCGCCGGCUGGUCAGGGGCCGCAUGGCGGGGGUGUGCGCCCGGCGCGGCGUCGGCGUGUUGGCGUACGGGACGCUGCUGGGCGGCUUCCUCAGCGAGAAAUGGAUCGGCGCGCCGGAGCCGACGAGCGCCGAGGGGUUGAACUGGAGCCUGAGGAAAUAUCUGCGCUUCAUCCGCGCCGCCGGCGGGUGGGCGGCCUUCCAGGGCGUGCUGAAGGCGGUAGCGGCCGUCGCGGAGAAACACGGGGUGCCGGUCGCGGCGGUGGCGACAAGGUGGGUGCUGGACAUCCCCGUCGUCAAGGCCGUCAUCGUCGGGGCGAGGCUUUCGGGGGAGAGCGGCAAGUACACGGCGGGCAACCUGGCGGCGUUUGGGCUCUCGCUGGACGACGAGGACAGGACGGCGAUCGCCAAGGCGCAGGAGGCGCUGGCGGACAUACCGGGGGACUGCGGCGACGAGUACCGGAGGGCGCCGUUCCUGACGGCGGCGGGAGACCUGAGCGACCACGUCAAGGGAGGGGACGGUGAGCGACGACGGCGCGAGGUCGAGGAGGCGGUCACGGGCGGGGGGAGGGUGGAGUACCGCACGGGCAGCAAGUGGGAGCCGGUGGCCGGGUACUCACGCGCCGUACGGGUGGGGUCGGUCAUCCGAGUGUCGGGGACGACGGCGAACCCGCCGACAGAGCUGGGCUCGCAGCUCGCGGCGGUGGGCGGGGAAUCUGCGCGGUCGCAGACGGUGGCGGUGCUCGACACGAUCGAGCGGGCGGUCAGGCGGCUGGGCGGGAGCAUGUCGGACGUGGUCCGGACGAGGGUGAUGAUCCGGCGGGAGGAAGACGUGGAGGAGGUGUCAGAGGCGCAUGGCUGGGUGUUCCAGUGUCACGGGGUGCGACCAGCCAACACGCUGACGACGGCCGGGCUCAUUGGAGACGAGAUGCUGGUCGAGAUCGAGGCAGAGGCGGUGGUCGGGAGCAGCGAGUCGGUGUUGGUGGUUGAGUGA